AUGUCCGUAGAAGCCCGUCGACAGCUUCACCAAGAUUACCUUCUCACAAGGCCAGUCUUCAAUGACCUUCAGAUGGUUAAAAAUACACAGCCUAUCUUCUUAAUGCCACUAUCCAGGAGAGGAUUGCCAGGCAGAGCCGGCCAUACUGGAGAGAACUCUCCCCCCAGUGCCCCGCCCACUUUCCGUUGGGCUCGGAAUGUUGGUCAGUUGGAGCCCACGGCCACCAGAGACAGCAGCACGGAGCCCUGCUGGCACGCAGGAGCGCUGGGAGGAGGCAGCAUCUGGCCGAGCAGCACCGAGCCGGCACCGGCGCCUCGCUCCCCAUCCCCGCUGUCGCCGACUGGCCCGCCACCUCGGUCCACGGCGAGGAUCCUCCUCUCCCGGGCAGGAUGGGCCAGGCCAACUGCUGCUGUGGCUCCAGGUGGGCUCUCCCUGUGCCUCGGGGGCACGGCCGGGACCCGCAGCGGCGGCCUUUCUCAUGCCCGCCGCGCUCUGCUCUGCAGGGAGGCUCUCACCGACGCCGAGCCGGUGCUGAGCACGGACGUGCGGCUGACCCGGGGCCGCAAGAGGAGCGAGAGACGCCUUCUCCUCCUCCAGGAGGAACUGGUGAUCGCCAAGUUGCAACGCGGCACCACGCUGCGCCCACAGCUCCGCCUGGCCCUGGACCAGCUGUGGGUGCUGAGCGGCGGACAGGAGGCAGCGGGGGAGGAAAAAGAGGAGGAGGAAAGCGGCGAUGAGGACAUCCUCAUCCUCGCCUGGCCCACCGGCUCCUGCAUUGUUGCCUUCGGCUCCCAGGCGCUGAAGGAGCUGUGGGUGGGCACGCUGCUGGGGACACCAGAAGAAGCAAAGCGAGCCCGGGUGACCCGUCUCCCCUCCCUCAAACCCCUGGAGAAGGAGUUGAGCCGCCGCCACGCCGGGAGGACAUUCAGCGCCGGGAGCCUGGAGAGGCUGAUCGAGGGCCAGGCAGAGGAUCAUCCCAAGCAAGGGCCACCGACAGCCCCAUCUGGGAACAAUGCAGACGGACUUUGCCGCUCACCAGGUGAGUUCUGGAAAGAAAGGCAACCUCCUGCAAACGGUUGAGCUGUGCUCACUUGUCCCUUGAGUGUCGCCAUGCAGGUGCGGCACCCCAAGGGAGGACGUCACCUGGAGAAGCAAGGGCACCCGCUGGGCAGCGGCCACUGGACGUGGUUCUGCCGGGACACGGAGCCUCUGCUGCUGCCCAUGGCUUGGAGGAGGGCAGGGUGAAGGCUGGGACAGGCUGUCCCGCUGGCACGCCGGCUCUCAGGAGCCUCCGAGAUGGAGCCGCUGAGCUGGAGCCGCGGUUCCAGCUGCUGGCUCCCUGCCCGUCCUCACUGCUCAGCACCGUGCUGCAGGCAGGGCAGGGCAGAGCAGGCUCCGGGAGCAGUGGCCUGGCAGUCUCCAUUGAUGGGAUCUUGCUCCGUUUUCCUUUGCAGCAGGAGGGAGCACCAGCAGGAGGAGGAGGAGGAUGGGGCUGCCCUGGCCCUUUGCACUGUGGAAGACCCCGGCCGCUGCCCAGGCGCCAGGGCAGGCGGGCUCCGGCUGCAGCAGGGCGCUUUUUGGACAGCCCCUGGCAGCCCUCUGCGGGGAGGACGGCUCCCUGCCCCGGCCCAUCCAGGAGCUGCUGGCUGCCCUGCACCGGGAAGGACCAUCGACGGAGGGGAUAUUCCGAAGAGCCGCCAGCGGCACAGAAUUUCGGGAGCUGCGAGAGGCCCUGGACCGCGGCGCCGACGUCGACCUGGGCAGCCAGCCUGCGCUGCUGCUGGCCGUCAUCU